AUACGAGAGCAAUAAUAGAGAUAGCAAAAGAUAUAAAAAAAAAAAAGCCAUGGGAGCAAGUUUAUCAACACUAGCUUCAAUUGCAAUCAUUCGUAGCUCAUUCAAUGAAUUCAUCCCACAAGAAAUCCGCAGUUACAUAUGGGAAUUCAGUCGCCGGUUCUCAUCAGAGCUCACUAUAGUCGUCAAAGAAACACAUGAAGGCUUGACAAACCACCUCUUUAAUGCUUUGGUUGCAUAUCUUGGCAGCAAUGCUUUCUCCUCCACAUCCUCUUCCUAUUACUCUUCAUUGCCGCGCCGCCUAACAGUAGGCAAAAACGAAAGCAUGAAAAUUCUAACAUAUGGGUUAGACAGAAACUCAGAGAUAGUUGAUGUAUUUCACGGAAUUCAAAUGAAAUGGGGAUUUUAUACUGAUUUCAAUGCUACACUUCAUUAUGAAUUGAGAUGGUAUGAGCUCAGGUUUCAUAAAAGAUAUACUGAUUUGGUUAAGAACAAGUACUUUCCUUACAUUCUUGACAUGGCUAAGAGAAUUAAAGAUCAGAAUAGGAUGGUUAAGUUUUACACUAAUCGUGGUGGUAGAGAUGGUUGGAGUUCUAAAGGAUUAAAUUUAGAUCAUCCUAUGACAUUUGAAACACUAGCCAUGGAUGGUGAUUUGAAAGCAAAGGUUAUAGAAGACAUAAAUGGCUUUAUUAGAGGGAAAGAGUAUUAUAAGAAGAUUGGUAAAGUAUGGAAAAGAGGGUAUUUGCUGUAUGGCCCUCCUGGAACUGGGAAAUCAAGUUUAAUUGCUGCUAUGGCUAAUUAUCUUAAUUAUGAUAUUUAUAAUUUGAAUUUAUCUGGUGUGAAUUCUGAUUCUUGUCUUGAGAAUUUAUUGCUUCAUAUGUCCAAUCGGUCAAUUCUUGUUGUGGAGGAUAUUGAUUGCUCUAUCAUGCUUCAGAAUCGUCAAGCUGGAGAUCAUCAUGAACAUAAUAAUACCCAAUCUUCAAGGCCUCAGGUAACACUGUCUGGACUUCUUAAUGCCAUAGAUGGCUUACUGUCCUGCUGUGGAGAUGAAAGGAUUAUAGUUUUCACUACUAACUACAAAGAUAGGAUCGAUCCUGCAUUGCUCAGAGCUGGUCGUAUGGACAUGCACAUAUACCUAUCUUAUUGCACAUUCUCUACCUUCAAGCAGUUAGCGGCAAAUUAUUUGGAUAUUUGGGAUCAUCAUCUGUUUACUUCCAUUGAAAAGCUUAUUAAAGAAGUUCAAGUUAGCCCUGCUGAUGUCGCAGGUGAGCUAAUGAAGAAUAGAGAUCCAAAGACUUCAUUAGAAGGACUUGUCAAGUUCUUGGAAGACAAGAAAUCAGAAGCAAAAUUGCAAAAACCUGAGAUCAAAUCAGAUGACAAUAAAAGCCUGGAACAGAAGGUUGAUGAUAAUGCCUUUGAAAUUAAAAAAGAAGCUGAGUCACCUAAAGAUCAAUCAAUUUCACUGAAGGAAAAGAAGUAUAGAGUUAAGGGAGAAUUUGAGCCUGUUCUUGAAGCUAUUCUUUCCAAAUACGGUGAUAUUGCUGCCAAUUGCUCCUUGCGUUCUGUCCAAUGCCGUUCCUCCCUCCUGGAGAUUGUUUGUGACAUCAGCCAGAAACUACAAGCAGCAAAGCUAAAAAAUCUAACUGAAAACCAACAAGAGACCUUGUUAAAUAGCGUACGAGAUCUUGAAUCAUUGAGACUGGAAGUUGGCUGGCUGCGUCAGAGAUUAGAGGAGAUUCAAGAAAUGAAGGAAAUGGAUAAACAGCUAAAAGGCAGCAAUGGAGAGGGUAAUGGAAAAUUGAAUUGUUUUAACAGCAAGUCAUUAGUUGAUGGGUUAAUUUAACAUGGUGGAAAGGGUAAGAAAGUUAUUUCACUUUCACAUUCAAGUCAAUUUCCUUUGGAUGUCCUGAGAAAGUGUGAGUAUGCAGUAUCAAUUGGCAUAUCUGUCUAUUAGCCUUAUUUAAGAUUAGCAGGCUAAUUUGGUGGUAUAACCAAAAAUUUCCAUUAUUUAUAGUUUUUAACUUUCUGAUAAUUGCUUUCAGUUGCCAGAAAACCCCAUUUUAAAGGUCUCAAACAUAUAUAAUUGUUGUGAUAAAAUUUGCAUACACCUGAUGUAUGAACGGUGAUCCAUAAAGCAUUUUUUAAAAUAUUAUUACUAUUUCA